GGCUACCACAUCACCGCGCUCAACGGGAUCCAAGCGGCGAUCCUCUGCGAUGCGCCGGUCGAGACGGCACCAUGGCGGAUGUUGCCUAGUUGGAUGUUGCCGUACGUGGGGACACUGAAGGGGUGUGUGCCCAUGAAGUCGUCCAGAUUCGGCGUGAUCGUUGCGCUGUUCACGGCCGGUGGUCUAUUAGGCUCGGUUUCCGCUUCUCAAAUCACGCCGAUGAUCGGACGAGUCGGUACUCUACGUCUAGCAUCUACGUUGUGUUUGCUCGGAUCGCUAUUCCUAGCCAUCUCAAACACCACCAACGACAUGAUCUUCUCUCGUUUACUCGUCGGCAUAGGCUGUGGCUUCUCAACAGUGACAGUUCCCCUGUAUCUGACGGAGCUCGCCCCCUCCCUCCGGAACAACCUCGGUAUACUCAAUCAACUCGCCAUGGUCCUCGGGCUCAUCUUCGCCCAAUCCCUAUCUCUCCUCUUCAGCCGGCAAUUCGCAUGGCGAUACGUCCUCGCUAUCGCCACUGCAUUCUCAGCGUGUCUCUUGGCUCUGAGCUUCUUUGUGGCGGAUGUCAAGCCAGAGGAGAGCAAGUCGGCGACGGGGGACGAAGAGCGGCCUCUCUUGGGUGAGGCGGUAUUGGCCGAGAGGGAAAGGGAGAGGGAGCAUAUGUCUAUUGGGAUGGUGUUCACGUCGGACAAGAAGGAGAUCAGGAGAGGAUGUGAGUCUGAUCUGGCUUACUGGUCCGACACGAGUGGGCUGAUAUGUAGUACGCGUCAUUAUCGUCACCCAGAUUGCUCAGCAGAUCUGCGGUAUCUCCCCCGUUGUCUACUUCAGCACGAGCAUCCUUCGACGCGUCUUUCAGGCGAAUGCUGCCCUACCGCCGAAGCUACUUCCCUGUUCGGCCUCGCCCUCGGGCUCAACCUCGACCUCCCCGCAGUAUCCGCCGUCUGCCUCAUAGGCUUCAUCCUCGCUUUCGGACUCGGUACCGGCCCGGUCACUUGGGUUGUCCUUUCGGAGGUUCUCCCGCCCGGCGCACGCACAGCUGGCGGAUCAGUAGGCGUCAGUUUGAACGCAGUGACGAGCUUUGUCGUCUCGUCGACGUUCUUGCCCCUGCAGGAGUGGCUGGAGGGGGAUCGGGGAGCCGACGGGGAACGGUCAGGGGAAGGGAAUGUUUUCUUUGUGUUUGCGGCGUUCUGCGUGGCGAGUCUGAUAGCUGUAAGGUGGAGUUAUGGAAGCUAUGAGAGGGCGGUUUUGGAGUCGGUCAGGUCCUAG